CUUGAUGGCAUUUGCACCUUUAUUCUCUACUACAAGAAAAAAUAGGUAUACUGAAUCUGUUGCUCGAUUUUUAUCAGAUCUUCAAAAUAAUCUACAAUUGCUUCAAGAUCUUCAAUUUGUACCUUCUAUUAAUUUAAUAUGGGAAGAAAUCCUUGGGUCAAGACAAAGCUCUAGAAACAUAUGGA